AUGGCAGACAAAAAGACCCCAACAAUAAACCCUGAGACUAACCCGCGCGGUAUCCCCGUCGCCCCCUUCGUCGACAAUGUAACCGACUACGUCUCGACGCGCGCAGACGUCGAGCCCACACUCCGCUCCUUCCAGGAGAUGAUCUCCAAGUACCAGUUCAUGGAAGUAAACACACAACGACGGGCGGCGGGCCUCCGUGAAAAGAUCCCGGAUAUCAAGAAGACGUUGGAAAUGGUCAAGUUUCUCAAGAUGCGGCGCGAUAAUAACGCCGACCCGCUGGAGACGAAUUUCGAAUUGAACGAUACGCUCUAUGCGCGUGCGACGGUCGACCCUGCGGACACGGAGGAGGUGUAUCUUUGGCUCGGGGCGAAUGUUAUGUUGGCUUAUCCGAUUGGGGAGGCGGAGACUAUGUUGACGGAGAAGUUGUCCACGGCGCAGUUGAGUCUGGAGAAUUGUGAUGAGGAUUUGGAGUUCUUGAGGGAGCAGAUUACGACGAUGGAGGUUGCUACGGCUCGUGUCUAUAACUGGGACGUCGUGCAGCGUCGGAAAGACAAGGCGGAGGGCAAGGGCGACGAAGACGAUGAUACGGCAAAGGGCCCUUCGGGUGCUUAA